AUGGAGUCUGGGUCAAGCUCUUUUCGAGUGGAAUUUCCAGAUUUUUCUAGCACCAUUUUGCAGAAGUUAAACCAGCAGCGCCAGCAAGGACAAUUAUGUGAUGUGUCCAUUGUAGUUCAGGGCCAUCUCUUCAGAGCCCAUAAAGCUGUUCUUGCAGCUAGUUCACCUUACUUCUGUGAUCAGGUUCUCCUAAAAAACAGCAGGCGAAUAGUCCUGCCUGAUGUGAUGAAUCCCAGAGUAUUUGAAAACAUUCUUCUGUCUACCUAUACAGGUCGGCUGGUAAUGCCUGCUCCAGAAAUUGUUAGUUAUUUGACAGCAGCAAGUUUCCUUCAGAUGUGGCAUGUAGUGGAUAAAUGCACUGAAGUGCUGGAGGGCAACCCAACAGUUCUGUGUCAGAAGAUGAACCAUGGCAGUGAUCAUCAGUCCCCGAGCAGUAGUAGUUACAAUGGCCUUGUCGAAACCUUUGAACUUGGCUCUGGAGGACAGACGGAAUUCCACAAAGUGCAGGAACUAAGGGAUGGCGAAAAUGAAGAAGAGAGCUCUAAAGAUGAACUGUCAUGUCAACUAACAGAACAUGAGUACCUUCCCAGUAAUUCUUCAACAGAACAUGAUAGACUUAGCACUGGAAUGACAAGUCAGGAUGGUGAAGAAGGAACUAGUGAUAGUGCAGAGUAUCAGUAUACCAGACCUAUGUAUAGCAAACCCAGCAUCAUGUCUCACAAGCGGUGGAUCCAUGUGAAACCAGAAAGAUUUGAACAAGACUGUGAAGGUGUUGAUAAUCCUUAUGAUGAACACCAAGUUUCUGAAUCCAUGAAUGCCAUUCAGGCAGAUCAUUCAAUCCAGUCUUCAGGUGUUGAAGACUUCCAUAUAGGUGACAAAAAGAUGGAAGCAGAAUUUGAUGAGCAGGCAGAUGAAAGUAAUUAUGACGAGCAAGUUGACUUCUAUGGCUCUUCUAUGGAAGAAUUUUCUGGUGAAAGGGCAGAUGGAAAUAUAAGUGCUCAUAGACAGGAUCUUAUGAUAGCAGCAGGCUACGGUGAAGGCAUUGAAAUGGCCACGGGAAUUAAAGAAGAAACGUCCCUCACUGGAUUCUCACAUGCUGACAAGCUGUAUCCUUGUCAGUGUGGUAAAAGCUUUACACACAAAAGUCAGAGAGAUCGGCAUAUGAGUAUGCACCUUGGUCUUCGACCUUAUGGCUGUGGUGUCUGUGGUAAGAAAUUCAAAAUGAAACACCAUCUUGUAGGCCAUAUGAAAAUCCAUACAGGCAUAAAACCGUAUGAGUGUAACAUCUGUGGGAAAAGAUUUAUGUGGCGGGACAGUUUUCAUCGGCAUGUGACCUCUUGUACCAAGUCAUAUCAAGCUUCUAAAGCUGAGCAGAGUACUACUGAGAUGAACUAAGACAUUAGUGCUUACAUUUGUUUAGUAGAGUAAGCAAAAUAAACU